GCAGAGAAGCUGCUAUAGCAUCAAGAUGGCCAUCGCCGAAAACUAUGAAGAUGUUCUAAAGGGCAAGUACCCGGCCAAGGACCACGCGAGGAAGGUUGCAAAGUGGCUCGUGGAGAAGGGCGGCGAUAAGAAAGGCACGAUAUAUCUCGAGGCGCAGAAGCAGAAGUUGAACGAGGAUAACGAUGGAGAGGCCCCUUGCCGACAACGGCGUUAUUUCUUCUACCUCAGUGGCUGCGAACUACCAGACUCAUAUCUCACAUAUGAGAUAGCCGACGACAAGCUGACUCUCUUCAUCCCUCCAGUAGAGCCUGACGAGGUCAUCUGGUCCGGUCUUCCCAUGAGCCCCGAGGAAGCAAAGGCGAAGUAUGAUAUCGAUGAAUGCAGGACGACCAAAGAUGUCAACUCCCACCUGACCAGCACAUCCGAAUCCGCACAGUCGACCAUCUAUGCCAUUCCUGAGCAAAUCUCCGAACACGUCACGUUCUUGUCCUUCAAAGACAAGGAACUCAGCCAGCUGAAACCCGCCAUCGAGUACUGCCGCGUCACAAAAUCCGAUUACGAAAUCGCACUCAUCCGCAAGGCCAAUGUGAUCUCCACUGCUGCUCACGUGGCCGUCAUGAAAGCCGCUGCUAAAGCAAAGAACGAAUGCGAACUGGAAGCUAUCUUCCUAAAGUCAUGCGUAGAGCGCAACGCAAAGAACCAAGCCUACCACUCCAUCGUUGCAGCUGGCGAACACGCCGCAACUUUGCACUAUGUCAACAACGCCGCGCCAAUAUCGAGCCAAAACCUCCUUUUACUGGACGCUGGCUGCGAGGUUGACUGCUACGCGUCAGACAUUACGCGUACAUUUCCAAUCAACGGCUCCUUCAACGACGAGAGUCUGGCGAUCUAUAAGAUAGUCCUGGAUAUGCAAAAUCAAUGCAUCGCCGCUCUCAAGGCCGGUGUACUCUGGGAUUCUGUCCAUGAGCUUGCGCACAAAAUUGCCAUCCAAGGCCUACUCAAGCUUGGGAUCCUGAAGGGUGACGCAGAUGAUAUCUUCAAAGCAAGGACGAGUGUCGCAUUCUUCCCACACGGGCUGGGGCAUUAUCUGGGAAUGGACACACACGAUACGGGAGGCAAUGCAAACUACGCGGACAAGGACAGCAUGUUUAGGUAUCUGAGGGUAAGGGGAACCCUUCCGGAGAGGAGUGUGAUUACCGUUGAGCCCGGCAUCUACUUUUGCAAAUUCAUCAUCGAGCCUUAUCUCAAGGAUGAUAAGCAGAGCAAAUUUAUCGACGAGAAGGUGUUGGAGAAGUAUUGGAGUGUUGGGGGUGUGAGAAUCGAAGACAAUAUAUUGAUCACCAAAGAGGGUAUCGAGAAUUUGACGCCUACGCCGAAGGAGGUCGAUGACAUUGUUCAGCUUAUCAAGUCAGGUUAAUAGAUAGACAUAGUCGGACUCGUCUGAUCUGUUGAAGAGGGUGUAUAAUGACGAAUAUGUGUUAAUUUAGGCGAGGUUCAGGGACGAUAGAAUUGCAGCUGCCUGAGAACCGUUGUUGUGAUUGCACAUAGUCUUCUUACGCCGCAAUUAGCUUAAUCCCAGAAAACCACCAAAGAAAUAUUAACCCCAUGGGAAAAUCGAACAUAUGCCUACCCACUACUCCCUCCAAUAGGGAAAAUACUAUACCACAUGAAGCGCUAGCGCUAUUAGGCGACA